UGAGCAUGUUCAGUGGUGGGGGAGCAGCAGACUGCUAAGGAGCUGGAGCCAUCGCGCCGGCAGGCUGCACCGGCAGGCAGCCCCGGAGACGGGCACACAAUGGGCUGCUGAGCAGCUGCCGCGCGGGUGGCCAGCGAGGGGGGGUGCAGCCCGGAGACGGGGUCCCAGGCCACAUUCCAUCGCCGUGGUGAUCCGGGGCUGCGGUUGCCAGCACCUGCGAUUGGUGGGAGCAGGGUCCUGCUCUGGCCGCGCCGGGUGCAGGGGGAGCCGGGGACCCGGCUGCCUGACAGCUGAGCAUGGGCGGGCACUGCGGGCAGCCCAAGCGAGGGAGGGCAGCAGGGAGCCCAGACGCCUGCCCCGGCGCUGGGGCGUGAGGGACUGCCGGGGACAGGGACUGGAGCCGCCAUGAGGGCCUGCUCGCAGGGCAGCGCAGGGGCCGAGCGGCUCUCCAGCCUCCAGGUCUUUGCCAACAACUCCUCGCUGCACGGCAUCAGCCACAUCUUCCGGCACGGCUCGCUCUCGUUGCGCCGCGUGCUCUGGGCCCUCUUCUUCCUGGGCUCGCUGGGGCUGCUGCUGCUGGUCUGCAUGGAGCGCGUCACCUACUUCUUCUCCUACCCGCACGUCACCAAGCUGGACGAGGUGGCCGCGCCCAACCUGACCUUCCCCGCCAUCACCAUCUGCAACCUCAACGAGUUCCGCUUCUCCCGCAUCACCCGCAACGACCUGUACCACGUGGGCCAGCUGCUGGCCCUGCUCAGCGACCGCUACGAGAUCCGCAGCCCCCACCUGGCCGAGCCCCAGCUGCUGGCCGCCCUGCGGGACAAGGCCAACUUCCGGAACUUCAAAGCCAAGCCCUUCGACAUGGCCGACUUCUACAACCGCACGGGCCACGACAUGGCCGAGAUGCUGCUGCAGUGCAGCUUCCGUGGCACCGACUGCACCGCCCAGAACUUCACCGCGAUCUUCACACGCCUGGGGAAGUGCUACACCUUCAACGCGGGGGCGCCGGGCAACGAGCUCCUCACCACCGUCAAAGGUGGCUCCGGCAAUGGGCUGGAGCUCAUGCUGAACAUCCAGCAGGAGGAGUACCUGCCCGUCUGGGGGGAGAGCGAUGAGAUCUCCUACGAAGCUGGGGUCAAGGUGCAGAUCCACAGCCAGGAGGAGCCGCCCUUCAUCGACCAGCUGGGCUUCGGUGUGGCACCCGGCUUCCAGACCUUCGUGUCCUGCCAGCAGCAGAGGAAGCAUUGCUCUGCUGAGCGCCAUUAUCAACGCCUGAGUUUCACUUACAUCCAGGCUCACCUCUGGCCCAUCAGGCGGAUUCCUACCCAACCCGCUUUCAGGUACAGACUGGCCCAGCGCUUGCGCAUACGCACCAGGUGUGUUCAUCCUUCAGUGCCCUGCCCGGCACAGCUGAGGUUCGUUUCAGUAAGCUACAGCAUCACGGCCUGCCGCCUGGACUGCGAGACCCGCUACCUGGCCGAGAACUGCAACUGCCGCAUGGUGCACAUGCCCGGGAAUGCCAACGUGUGCACGCCAGAGCAGUACAAGGAGUGCGCCGACCCUGCCCUGGACUUCCUGGUGAAGAAGGACAGCGAGUUCUGCGUGUGCCGCACGCCCUGCGACAUGGUGCGCUACGGCAAGGAGCUCUCCAUGGUCAGGAUCCCCAGCAAGGCCUCAGCCAAGUACCUGGCCAAGAAAUACAACAAGAGCGAGCAGUACAUCUCGGACAAUGUGCUGGUGCUGGACGUUUUCUUUGAAGCCCUCAACUAUGAGACCAUCGAGCAGAAGAAAGCGUAUGAGGUGGCAGGGCUGCUGGGGGACAUCGGGGGCCAGAUGGGGCUGUUCAUCGGGGCCAGCAUCCUCACCAUCCUGGAGAUCUUCGACUACCUGUACGAGGUGUUUCGGGACAAACUCCUCAGCUUUUACAAGAACAAGAAGAGACCCCAGAGGAGUAACAGCGACAACCUGAGCACCUGUAACACCCUGCGGAGCCACUCAGACAGUCUCGGCUACACCUCGAACAUGCUACCUCGGCACCCGGCUCUCGGCAAUUUCGAGGAAUUUGCCUGCUGACGGGGCGGCUGCGCCUUGCAGUCCCAGCCCACCAGCCUCUCACCUCCAGCAAGACCCGAGCUGCUCUGGCCAGGCAGCCGCGGCUUGGCGGUGGAGAGGGCACGAGGGAAGGAGACAUCAGCCGUGGUGCAGUCCUGGGCUUGCACAUGCUGGGCUCAGUGGGGCCUGGGGCGAGCUGUGGCUCCGUGCACGGCCCCCGCCCAGGGAACUCACGCUCGAGUUUCCCCCCGUCCCAUGAGGAGGGGGGGACUGGGGUCCCCAGAGGUCAGCCCCUCUGCAGGCAGGGGGGUGCUGAGCCCAGCACUGGAGGGCCCUGGCCUGUCCCAGGGAUGGGAGGCAGCACCUCCGACAAGCCAGGGUGCCUGGCUGCCUCCCGGCAUCCCCACCACAGCAGAGAGCAGAGCCAGCUCCCCCCUUCCCAGGGAGCCUCUACCCCCUCCCCUGCCUGCAGCCCCUCCCCGGGGAGCUCCCCCCAGGGCUCCCCAGCCCCAGGGCACCAGCACCCUCCCAACUCACUCAGGACGGCUGAGCCCUGGGGCUGGGCAGGGCUCGCACUCCUGGUCUUCCUGGGCCCUGCAACGGGGACAGGCAGGGGGUGGCCUCGGGCCCCUGUGCUGGAGCCUGGCCGGCCCCUUUGUGCUAGUGACCCGUCUGACAGUCCCGCUGUCAUCAGUGUAUCUGCAUGACCUGCUUGGAGCACCCCCUGCCUGCACCCCUUGCCCAUCUGUGCCCCCUGCCCUGCUCCCCCCGUCUGUGCCCCCCCAGCCUAGAGACAGCUGCAGCUUGCACCUCUCCAGCCUAGCGCGGCUCCUGUGUAUCA